AUCGGACUUGUGACUGUGUAAGGCAGCACCUGGUCCCUGCAGGAACGUGGUCUCGUUUCACUGUUCACUGUAAACAGCUGAAAUGACGAUAAAGAGCCACUCGACUUGUGUUAGAAAGACCAAGACCUCCCAUGUUUCCUGUGAUGGCGAGGUCAGAGCGUGAUGUCAUCGACUUCUCAGCGCUGGAGAGAGAGCUGCAAGGGGCGAUCGAGUCUGAGCAGAGAUACAAGAGAGAGAACGAAGCCAAACUGAGAGCCGUCAGCCAGAGAGUGUCGUCCUAUGACGAGUUCAGAGAUCUGGUCUUGUCGUGUCACCUGAAGCCUCUGCAGAAGAAAGACAAAGACAGAGCUCCACGGAGACAACCGUGGAACCCUGUUGCCCCGAGCGACAAGUGAUGUCUGGUUGUCCUGAGCAACAAGGAACACACGUCUGUAGUUUUUUACCAAUGGAACAACAUGUUGCUGUUCUGUGAAAACAAACACAUGAACUUUGUGAUGGAACUUUUCUCACAUGAUCCAAGAGGUUUUUAAAAAGUUUAUUUUCUUGACUCAUAAAGAAAGAUAUCAUCUUUCAGGUUGGAAAUACAUAGUUUUUACUGUAAAUGUUGAUGACUUUUGUUAAAAGCAGGCAUGAAACAUUUAAAUGAGAAAGCAAAAACUGUUCAGUUUGA